AUGUCAGGUGGUACUGUAAAACUGCAACUUUUAAUUAAUCCGAUCUAUAAUGGAAAAGAUGUUUUAGUUGAAGCAAAGACUGAAACUGAUAAAAUAUUGUAUUUGCGUUACAACGGUUUUGUAGAAUCAGAUUUAUAA